AUGGCCCACCCACUCGGAAAAGCUUCAGAAGUGCACCAAGUGCCACAUCCUUUUUCAACGCCAAAUGGCCUUUCUCAAACCACAACGUCGUCAAUUCCGGGAAGGCACAAUUCUAAAACUUUUUUUUCUUUAUUCAAAAAGAAGGACAUUUGCCAUAAUAAUGGCAAUAAUAAUGAACAAAGUGGGUCACUGUCUCACCAUUCCUCCACCGUUCCUUCUUCUCCAGUACAACAACUACCACCCCAACAAUUUCCUCCAAAAACAUUUGAAGAAAUUACAUUAAUAACUACAAAAGUGGGAGAAACAAAUCACCCAGAUAAUCAACCUUCAAAAGAAGAACGUAAUACUAUUUCGAAAACUAAACUUGGAAGUAUUAGUGUUCCAAAUCUUUUACCUACGGGUGAAUUAGAAUUAAGUGCAGAAUACGAAAUGUUAAUGAAACAUAAUAAUCCAGAUGGAGACGGAUCUAUUACAAUGAAAAAAACCAUGAGAAAAACGUCAACGUUUUUCAAAAAAUUUGGAGGAAAUAAGCCACAUCUUGAUCAUAAUGGUCGAGCUCCUAUUCCAAAUUUCACCGACACAGAAUCGAAUGAAAAAGGAGAGGUACCAAAAUUAACACUUAAUAAUAGCAGCGGGAUUAGCAGUCAUAGUUAUUACGAUGAGAAUGGGAUGUAUACUGGUGGGAAAACUGGUAAAACAAGAUCAUAUUCUGAUAAUGAAGAUUUAGAUUAUGAAACAGAUGGAGAAGAAAGAGGAAUUGAUGAGGAUGAUAUGUUACAAGAAACAUUUAAGGACUAUGCAAUAUUCAGUAAAUUUGAACUGAGUUCUGCUCGUCGACGUAAUAAUUUUUAUCGUAACUCAAUAUUGGGCGCAAAUAAGAGUGUACCCGAAAAUCUUGGGCGCUUAUACAACAAUGAUUUAGACACAAACAAUCAUAAUUUAAAUGAUUCAAACUUAUUAUCGAGUUUUUUCGAUUCAGGAGAUGAUCGAGCAGGAAAAGCUCUUAGCUUUCCUUCGAUUAUGAAUGUUACUAAUAGUGAAUCUCGGAGAGAGAUUGAUGAAAUCACUUCCAUCAACAAUAACGCAGGAAAACUCAGUGUCUCUGUCGUCAAAAGAGAAGAUGAUGAAGAAUCAUUAAUUUCUAAUCACGAAAAAAACCAAGCAAAUAAUGUUAUUAGUGAUAAUAAUAACGGUGAUAAAAAUAAAUCCACCGCCUUCUUUUCUCCUUCAUCUUUAGAUUCAUUUAUAAAAACCGAAACAACCAAAGAAGUAUAUAUAGGAGAGCAACGAUCAAAUUUACCCUCUUCGCCAACAUCCUUGCUGAGAAAUUUUACUAGUAAAGAUGAGGAGAAAAGAGAAGAAAAAUCAAUAUUAUUCACAAAGGAAGAAGCAGGAUCAAUGGUGACGUCUUCCUCUGAGGAAAAAGAAUCGAUAUUUAAUAAGAAUGGACUUCAGAGGCGAGAUACUAACGACACAGCUAAUCAGCCAUCGGCGUCUCGUUCACCACAUAUGCGACAAGACUCCAGCAUCGCUAGUAGUUAUUAUGAAACAGCUAGCGGGUCUACAGGAACAUUGCAUACCGCUCCCCCUUCCCCCAUUACAAGUGAAGAUUUCGCCGAUAAUAGCCAAAAUAUCCUCAACAUAAAUAACAAUAUCUCUUCAGAUUCAUCUAUUGCAACCACUUCUCCUUAUCCUCUUUAUAUUCAGAAUCUUAAAAAUAAUGAAAAAAGAGAUGGACAUGAUAAAGUUGAGAUUGACAUUCAAUUAUUAUCAUUGUCACCACCUGAAAUUCCUAAGAAAAAUGAGGAAGAAGUGGCAUGGGCUGAAGCAAGGAUUGCGGCGAAAAGAUGUUACGAAGAAGAUCAAACAUUCAUGUCAAAAGAACUUAUUGCCGAAUUUCUAGGCGGAAAUAAAACCGAAAAUGCUCGAGCAUUAAAGUGCUAUAUGGAUUACUAUAAUUUUUACGACAAACGAAUAGAUGUUGCAUUUCGGCAACUUUGUGCUCGGUUAUACAUAAAGGGUGAAACACAGCAGGUGGAUCGAAUUUUGGAAGCAUUUUCCCGCAGAUAUUGGGAAUGCAACCAAUAUCACCCUAAAUAUUCCACAUUUGCAAGUGCUGAUGUCGUCCACGCUAUUUCGUAUUCACUUCUUUUACUGAAUACGGACCUUCAUAUUGCCCAAGGCAUCAGUCGAAUGUCUCGCUCACAAUUCGUCAAAAAUACGAUGCAAGCAGUUCAUUCACAAACAUCGCUUCUAUCCGUAUCCACACCAAUCACACCGACUAGCAAUAAUUCUAGUGCUAUUGAAUCAUUUGACGAUGAUUCAAUAUUGACCGAAGUUAACACGACAAUAAAUGUAAUUCGACCUCCACGGCGUAGUGAUAGCAUCAAGAGCUGGACGAGCAACCAAGGUGGCGGCAUUUCGACUGUUUCUUUCAUGAAUGCUUUUAAUAGUUCGAGCUCUAACGGUCAUACCAGUUAUUCACGACAAUGGGAUGCAGAAUUGGAGAAUUUAUUAAAAGUAAUUUAUAACUCAAUCAAAGCAAAUCAAAUAUUACAGCCUUUAUCGUCAUCAAUAGAAAAAGGGGCUUCUUCAGAAACAUCAUCACCUUCAUCAACUAUUCGACUUAAAAGAAGUGAAAGCCACUUGGGUCAUCCUCAUAAAUUAAACGUCAGUUUAAGAGAAAAUCUAAAACGACGUUCAAUGAAGGCUGAGAGGAAUUCACCCAGUCCUAGUCUAGGAAGUGGUGGAAGUGACAUAAGUCUCGGGACCACUGUGAAUCAUCGAAAUAGCUCCGUAACUCUAGGAUCCAAUAAUACGUUACGUCAGCAGUCAUUUGAAAACAUAUCAGAGAAAAAUAAAGAACGAGAUGAUGAUGAUAAUAUUUCACUUGAUUCAGUUUCAACAACUGAAUCUUUACAAUUAUAUUUGUCUGGUGCGCCAUAUGCUAAGGAAGGAAAUCUCGUUAGAAAACACUAUUGGGAAUCAACUAAUAAGCGAGCAAAGGAUAAAACUUGGAAAGAAUGUUUCGUAGUGGUUGAGAACGGCGAGAUUAGAAUGUACAAGUUUGAUUCAUCCAUUCAUCAUAAUAGUAAUGUGAAUGGAGAUGGCAUUGUCGGUGGCGGAAAUUGGAUGGACAAUGCGAUUCCUUUGGGUGAAGUUAACUUACGACAUUCAAUAACCAAUCCCCUUCCUCCACCAGGAUAUAAUAGAGAUCGACCUUUCGUAUUUGCCUUAUCGUUACCGAAUGGUGGACUUUACCUAUUCCAAGCUGGUACUCCUGAACUUGUGACAGAAUGGGUAGCAACUUGUAAUUAUUGGGCCGCGAUGAUGAGCAAAGAACCAAUGACGGGUGGUGUUAGCAAUAUGGAAUACGGAUGGAAUAGAUGCAUCGAUUUAUCAUCUUCAUCAAUAGACCUUACCGAAAGUUGGGAUGAUCAACAUAGUAUAUUGAGUGUCAAUACAUCUAUAACACACAGUGAUCGAGUAGUUAUUAAUGAAUGGAAAGCACCGAUGCCUCCGAUGGUAUCUAGUGGAUUUAAAGAGGAAAAACAAUUGGCUGCACUCAAAAAAUAUAUAACAGAUUUGGAAAAUGAGUUAGAGGCACACAAAACUUAUCGGGAACCAAUGACUAAACUGUAUCAUCCACGAUCUUCAAAUCACACUAAAGCCUUUGCUAAUUGGGAGAGAAAAUCUCAAUGGUUACUUUAUGAAAUAGUUAAAUAUACAACUUAUAUUGAAUCGCUUGAAAAUUCUAUCAAUAUUCGUGCUCAAAAACGUAGAGAAAGAGAAGAAACAAAAAACUCCGAUUCACGUAAUAGAAAAGAAAGUGCUCUAUCUUCACCUUUACCCACAAUCACAACCACAAUUACCGAAGAAGAGCGAAAGAGAGAAAAAAAGCGUGCGGAAUUUCGACAAUCACUUCGAUUACUGCGGCAUCGUGCCACAUGGACCCCAGGUGACGAUGGUUUCUCAUUAAAUUUACCCAAAGAACUCUUAUACGACGAAGAUGAUGACGCUGAUUGUGAAGAAGCUGUAACAAAUUCCGAAGUGUCAUCCCCUUUGCCAAGAAUUCAUCAUACUUCAUCAACUGGAAAACUUCGUGCAGCUACUUUUCCACAAUUUUUCAAAAAAGGUCAAAAUAUCAGAAAACUCGUAAAGGAUGGUCUCAUCAUUAAGAAACCGCAAGUAAUUCACUCUCGAUUCCGAGUCCGAGCUAAAUUGGAAGCUAAACGAAAGGGACGACAUACUGGUCCCGGUAAGAGAAAAGGUACCGCAAAUGCACGUAUGCCUCAUGCUGUACUAUGGAUGAGGAGACAACGUGUGCUGAGACGUUUACUUCGAAAGUAUCGAGAAUCUGGCAAGAUUGAUAAGCAUUUAUACCAUCAAUUGUAUAUGAAGGCUAAGGGUAAUGUAUUCAAAAAUAAACGUGUAUUGAUGGAAUACAUUCAUAAAGCCAAGGCCGAGAAAGCUCGUACCAAACUUAUUGCUGAUCAAGCUGAGGCUCAUCGUCAAAAGAACAAAGCUGCGCGUGAGCGUCGUGCUCAACGUAUUGCUGAUAAGAAGGCUGCCUUGUUGGGUAUCGACACCGAAGAAGAGGCAUCAAAAGAGAAAUAA